AUAGUUGAAGGUAGGAAACUCGAUUACAAGGUGCUACAGCUCGAAGGACCCUCACUAUUUUGUAAACACUGACUGUCAUUAACACUUAUAUUUCAAAAGCACAAGAUGUCCGAUGUUGCAGCAAAACUGGCUAGAUCUGCUAAGCGAUUGAAGGACAUGGCAAUUAUUAUCCCUGGGGCAUUCAUUACCUUUGCUGGCUAUUCUAUUUACGAGGGAAACGAGAAGUUUUAUCGUGAGAUUGUCAUGCCGUUAACACACAAGUGUUUUGAUGCAGAGACUGCUCAUAGGCUUGGCAUUCUAGCAGCAAAAUAUAACAUUGUUCCCAGGAAGCAGAAAAAACCAGACUCUCCCAUUCUGUCAUCUGUGGUGUUUGGUAGGGAGUUCUGUAACCCUGUAGGUCUAGCUGCUGGUUUUGACAAAGAUGGAGAAGCAGUCAAAGGCCUAAAGAAGAUGGGUUUUGGUUUUAUAGAAAUAGGCAGCAUAACACCCAAACCUCAGCCAGGAAACCCCCGACCACGCGUGUUCAGACUGACAGAGGAUAAAGCUGUAAUCAACAGGUAUGGCUUCAACAGCGAGGGUCACGAGGCAGUUUUCAACCGACUCAAAGACAGAAUUACAGCAGAAAAAGAUGAAUGUCUACUGGGUGUUAAUCUGGGUAAAAACAAGACUUCUAGUGAUCCUGUAGGUGACUACACAGAAGGUGUUCAGAAGUUCAGCAGACUAGCAGAUUAUCUAGUAGUCAAUAUUUCUAGUCCAAACACACCGGGUCUUCGAGACUUACAGGGGAAACAGAGGCUGGAGGAGCUAUUAGACAAGGUGAUUGAGAAGAGAGAUGAGAUGGAGGUGAGGAAACCACUCCUAGUCAAAAUUGCCCCAGAUCUGACGGAACAGGACAAAGCUGAUAUAGCAUCUGUGAUCUCCUCCAAGAAGGGUGAUGUGAAUGGGUUAAUAGUAAGUAAUACUACAGUGAAGAGGCCGACCCAUUUAAAGAAUCCUCAUAAAAAUGAACAGGGUGGAUUAAGCGGGCAGCCAUUGGCAGACAUGUCCAAUAAGACAAUAGCGGACAUGUAUAGGUUAACAAAAGGUAGGA